AAAAUAAAUAAAAAUGUCAGCAUUUUUCGAAUGGGUUCAAGCCAACAUUAAAUAUUUUGUAGGUGCAGGUAUUUUAGCAGCAAAUUUAUAUACAUUUUAUAAUUAUUUCACAGGUAAAUCAAAUAAUUUCCAAAUUUCUCCACCAUCACAACAAAGAGAUCACCCAAUAAGAGUUAAAGAAAUUUUCAUUUAUCCAAUUAAAUCAUGUAGAGGUAUUUCAGUUAAAUCAGCAAAAAUUGAUAAACUUGGUUUCGAAUUGGAUAGAAGAUGGAUGAUUAUUAAUAAUGGUAGAUUCAUUACUCAACGUCAAUAUCCUAAAAUGGCUCUUAUUCAUCCAUCAUUAUACAAAGCUGAGGAUGGUGAGGAGUAUUUAGUAAUUAGUGCUGAAGGUGAAAAAGAAAUUCGUGUUAAAGUUAAUGAAGACCUUUCAAACAAACCAACAACAAAAGUUGGUAUUUGGAAAGAUAGUGUCAAUGUUGUAGAUUGUGGAGAAGAAGCCCACCAAUGGUUAACCAAAUUCUUAGGUGUCGAUUUACAUUUAGUAAGAGUAGCACCAGGAUCAGAAUACCAUAGAAGAAUCCCAGAGGACUAUGUUGAUAAUAUCAUUGACAAUGCAACUGAGGAACAAAGAGAACAAUAUCAAUUUGCACUUUGUGAUACAUCCCAAGUUAUGAUGGUUUCAGAGUCGUCCAUUGAUGAUUUAAAUCAACAUAUUGUAGCCACUCGUAAGCAAAAUAACGAACAACAAAGAGACCCAGUCACUGUUUACAACUUUAGACCAAAUGUUUUAUUAUCAAGCUGCACACCAUUUGAAGAAGAUACAUGGACCCAAGUCCGUAUUUCUGGAUUACUUUUAAAGAAAGUUCAAUAUACACCACGUUGUAAACUUACCACUGUUGAUCCAAAUAAAGGUGUUCUAAAUCCAUUCGAUGACGAUGAACCACUUAGAACCCUUAGAGCUUACAGAGAAUUUGACCAAAAACUCUUAUUUGGUGUUUUGUUUGUCCAUGAACAAGACCAAAAUGGCUAUGAAAUUAAUGUUGGUGAUAUUGUGGAUGUUUUAGGUUCAACUUCUGAUCCAUAUCCAAUCAAAAAAUAAAAUUUUAUCUAAAUAAACUUUACCCACAAUUAUUUUUGUUAUCC